CAUGCAAGAAACUCUCACCUGAUCCUCCACCUUCAUUUUUUGAUGUUAUAAGCUAAAUAAGCUAAUUAUAAUUGUUUCUACACUUAAAAAAUAGCCAAGACUAGUUCAUUUUGGGGUUUUAUGAUUCUUUUAAACCAACUUUGAGAGAAUAAAUGAGCUUGAGUUGGAGAUUGAGCUCAAGAUUUUAUGUUUGUCAAGCUUAAGCAUGGUAUUAGGUGAGUAUUGGAUUGAUUCACUCUAGAUAAAACUUAAAAAGUUAAAAGGGUUCACUUGGGUAAUUCUUAAAUGGGUGCCGAAAAAGGACCUUAACCAAAUGUAUUGGUGUAGAUAUGCAUGGGGAUAAGAGUUCUGUUAAAACAUAUAUAUAUAUAUAUAUAUAUAUAUUUUGAUCGGCUCUGUUAAAACAAAUAUUAAAUGCCAUGAUUGGUUUCUAGUAUUGUUUCAUUAGUUUUGGAGUAUAGAAAUAUAGAAAUGGCUAUAAAUCCUGCAUGGAAACAUAACAAUUCAAGGCUUGCGGUUUGGCAAAACACCAGUAGAUUUGAAUGCUGCUUUUGUUUUGUAAAUCCUUUAAUUUUAUCACAAGGAACUUUAGUUUCGUUUGAGCGCGAUCAUCUGACGAAGAGAUGUCAUUCCUCAAGUCACUAAUAUUUUGUUUUAUGAUGUAACUCUCUCCAUGUGUGUUUCUCAGCAAAAGAUUUUAGUUCUUUAUUACUGGGAUUUGAAUGCUAACAUUCCUUCCGUAACUAAUAUUUUGUUAGGCUAUUUUCCUAUCUUUCUUGCUUGAAUUUAUUAAAAUUUUCCAUGCUGAUAUUGAUUAUUCUUCAACUUUACUCUUGUUUUUAAUCAGAAGUGAUCGGUACUAGAUAAUUGUUGCCAGGAAGCAAAUGAAUAUGAAACUGUUCUUGCUUAGGGAAGCAAAGACAAUUAGAAGUAGUAUAACUUGUGUUUGCCCAAAUUAAUGUUUUCCUUAGUAAGCUUGAUAGUUCCUUCUGUGGACGUAUCAACAUGUUUAAUUAAGAGGGUAUUUAUUA